AUGGCUCGAACUAAGCAAACAGCACGCAAGUCUACUGGUGGGAAGGCUCCUAGGAAGCAACUUGCAACAAAGGCCGCCGGCAAAUCUAUAGCUGGGAAUGGCGGCGUGAAGAGGCCACAUCGAUUCCGCCCCGGCACCGUUGCCCUUCGUGAGAUCAGGAAGUACCAGAAGAGCACUGAGCUUCUAAUCAGGAAGCUGCCUUUCCAGAGGCUCGUGAAGGAAAUUGCUCAGGACUUUAGGACUGAUCUGCGAUUUCAGAGCCAUGCAGUGCUCGCAUUGCAGGAGGCAGCAGAGGCAUAUCUGGUGGGGCUGUUCGAGGACACUAACCUCUGUGCCAUUCACGCAAAGCGAAUAACCAUUAUGCCGAGGGACAUCCAGUUGGCGAGGAGGAUCCGUGGCGAGAGGGCUUGAAUCAGAUUAUACGAAG